GCAAUUCAUAUAGUAGCAUAUACAUCGUUUUUCGCGCCAAAUCGUCCUAAAGGGUAAAUUCAUCUUUAGGGUGAAAUAGAUUCCCUUGAUUUCUGCUCAUACGUCCUUCAACCAUGGUUUCAACUAGAAGAUCGAAGAGCUGUAACCAUUUUCAAGAAGAAACCCUAUGUGCUUCUGGCGUUUUCCACCAUCUUAUCUCACUCCUUCAACAGCCACAGGGUGUGAGAUUACAUGUCUUUAAGAGUUUGUAUUCUCUGCUUGUCCAUUUCUCCUUGAACCCACUACAAAGUCCAACAUACAAUCUUGGUUUUGAUGAAUUGGGUAUGGAAAUUGAUCACAAUGGGUUUAAGGCGUCAUCAGAAGAUAUAGAAACCCUCUCUGGUGUAUUAUUUGAAGAAGUGUAUGAUAGGUUUGACUAUUUAUCCUCUGCUUCCCGUGAUAUCUCUGCGAAUGAUCUUAGACAAGGUGAUUUGCAGCGGAAUAUCUCCGAAGAUGCUGAAAUUUUUUAUUUGCUGCUGAGGUGUUGUAUGGUCACCUUGCCCUUGCUUGUGUCCAGACACAAUCUUCUUUUAGAAAAAGGGAAGGUCCUUUUGGUGUUACUUCGAAAGUUAUCUUCAAUAAACACAUUUGGGGCUGAAAAUAGGACGGAAAUUACUUUUGAAAAUUCAGUUUCUCAAGCAUGCACAUCCGAGGAUAAUGAUUGCAGAACGACCUCCACAGAGGACUUUGUUGCGUCCCUCCAUUUCUUUGAGCCAUCUGAUCUUCACACUUCUUUCUUGCGUGCAACGUUUGAGGUUUUUGUGGAUGAGCUUCUGGUGCAUGGACAGUUGAGACAUUUCUUUAAGCUUAUUGAUUCUCUAGCUUCUUCUGCGGAAAUAAUAUUUACACCUCAGCCAAGUCAGGGAGAAAUAGGAAUAGUAAUGGAAGUUUUCUCUAGGUACUUCUUAAUAUCAUGGUCUGAUGAGCAUAGGUCUGGAAAUCAUCUUAACAGAAUAUUAUUGGUAAACAAUGAAUAUUUAAAAUUCUCAUUGAAAGCUCUAGAAUUGAGUCCGACCGCGGCCGUAGCAUUGCUCCUCAACCCCAUCAGUCUUUCUGCACCCAAACUAAUGCAAGCACAUUUGAUUUCAAUGGUUUACGAGGCCUCCUUUUUGCUGGUGGAUAUGCAGAACCUUAACACAAAUGAUAGACCUAUCAAUUACUUUCUCGCUCUGUUUGAAAAGUCAGUAGCUUUGUACAUGAAGCAUAUGCCCCUGUUGCAAAUCAACCGUCGAUCUUCAUUUGUAAGUCAUAUGUCUGUCAAAGGUGCAGAAGGGAAGGAAAUCCAGUCCCUUUUUGAUUUGUGUAUAUUAGCAAGCACAAGAAAGGAGAUCAAUAAUUUGAUUUUAAAGUUUGAGGAUUCAUCACAAUCUCACUUUCUUAAACUUUCUUCUGAAAUGAAAUCCGACCUGACAAGUUCCUGUAUAACUUAUGUGAACGAGAGUCGGUAUAUUCUAGACAAAUGCUGCCAAGAUGAGAUUUUCUCAGCCUUAAGUUGCCUAAUUUUAAGAGCUUCGGACAGUUUCGAGGAGAAUACAAUUGUGGAUACAAGUCUGCAAGAUAUUUGUCUUUUGGUUUGUAUACUGAAGCUAAUGAGCUCCUCUUUGUUACAAGUUGUCUGGUGCCUGAGAUGCAAUGUGAAUUCUGAUCGUUCAAAAACCUUACAAGAUUUUUCAUCCUGUGGGGAAUACAAUUCUAUCUUGGGAAUAAUUGACUGUUUCAGAAAUGUCAACAUAGACAGUUCAGUCCAAAAUUUGUUAUGCCAAAUGACGGAGAUAGACUCUGAGAAGCACAGAGUUUCCAAGAUGAUGUUUUUGCAUUUUGCAGGAUUGCUCUCAGUCAGUUUCUUUAAGAGGCUUGAUUGUUUAGCAAAAGGCUGCUUGUUUACUAUUAUAGCUCUGCUGAAUUUAUUCAUCUUUGAAGAAGGUAAUUUGGAUAUACUCCAGUCACUAGUUGGUCCAACUCCAGACUCCGUUUCAUCAUCUGGAUUAUCUGCUAUUAGAAUCCAGGAGGCUGUAGUGGACAAGAGAUCUAGCCUUGUGGUUGCAUCAAAGUUCCAGAAGGCAAGGGCCCUGCGUUCAAGAAGAAAGGAAGAUAGCUCAAAGAUAAGCACCUCUUUGCUUUACAGCAAAGAAAAUUUUGAAGCAAUGGAAGAGGAAACGGAGGAAAUGGAAGAGGAAACGGAGGAAACAACCAACGGGAAGAUAUUUCUUAAGUGCAGACUAGGGCGUUCUGAACGAGUCCCUGAUUUUGAUGACUUAGCUGAUUUUAUUGAGUGCAAGCAAGGAAAGGACUACUCUUCCUGGCUAAAGCAUCGGCAACAAUAUCGUAUGUUGAAAUGUGACAAGAUGGCAUUGUUAAGGUGGAAAAGGAAGAGGAAAUCUUGGAAAGUCAUGAAAAGGAACUAAACUUGAAUUAACUUAAAGACUUCUCCUUGGAAAGAGAACUGGCGAGUUGAGCUUCAUUGAAUUGACACUGGACAUAUGUUUGGAGAUGGCCUGCUGGACAAUUGCUGUACAAUGAACUUUCGACGACGCUUCCUCAGUGCAUGUAAGGAAAUUGUUAAAUAAGGUUCUUAUUUAAUGUCUGCAACCUCAUUUAAUUAGGGUAAAAUCUUAAGACUGAUAUGCGUGGAAGUCAGAUCCUAACAAGUUAGUGGAGCUUUCUGUUUUCCUUAUUAAGGCGGCGAUGGCCAUAAAAUCCACGAAACUUGCCUCUUCAACAUGAUUAAGCUGAUAUUACAUCUUGAUUGAGGUAUAUUAGAGUAUAAUGGUCAACUGGCUUGCUGAACUUAACUUGGAUCGAGAGCACCCUGAAGUUUUUAUAAAGGAGCUUGAAGGUGUCUACUACAGGAUCUUCAACCUGAUCUGCUCUCGCCUUUUGAUGCACAACAAACAUCGCGAAAAAGGUUUUUAAGCUGACAGCUUCAUUUGCUAAUCAGAAAUACACUCCGUCAGAGGGAGAACCAAGGAAAUUAUGAGUCGUAUGGUUCGUCGAGGUUGACCAUAAGAAACUUCUAUUAUAGGAUUUCAUGCUUAAAAGUGUAUCUCAUGGGAAAUAUUUUGUGUCAACUGUGAUUUGACCGAAGGGGAGCCUUGGAGCAUCGGUAAAGUUAUCUUUGUGUGAUCUAUAGGUUACACGCUCGAGCUGUGGAAGCAAUCACUAAUACUUGCAUUAGGGUGGACUGGUUACAUCAUACCCCUUGGGGUGCGGCUCUUCCCAGGACCCCUGUAGGAAUGUGAGAUACUUUGUGCACCGUGCUACCUUUUUUUUGUUGUUGUUGUGAUUUGACCCCUUUUUGGCGAUUAGGUAAGGAAAAAAUGAAGGAGUUUCAAUUUCCUUGUUUGUUUUAAUAAAA